AUGACUUCAGACAAAGGACCAGGGGGAUGGGACGGGGAAGAGGACAGCAGGGCAGGGGGAUGGGACAGGGAAGAGGACAGCAGGCCAGGGGGAUGGGACAGGGAAGAGGACAGCAGACCAGGGGGAUGGGACGGGGAAGAGGACAGCAGGGCAGGGGGAUGGGACGGGGAAGAGGACAGCAGGCCAGGGGGAUGGGACAGGGAAGAGGACAGCAGGCCAGGGGGAUGGGACAGGGAAGAGGACAGCAGGCCAGGGGGAUGGGACGGGGAAGAGGACAGCAGGGCAGGGGGAUGGGACGGGGAAGAGGACAGCAGGCCAGGGGGAUGGGACGGGGAAGAGGACAGCAGACCAGGGGGAUGGGACGGGGAAGAGGACAGCAGGCCAGGGGGAUGGGACGGGGAAGAGGACAGCAGGGCAGGGGGAUGGGACAGGGAAGAGGACAGCAGGGCAGGGGGAUGGGACGGGGAAGAGGACAGCAGGCCAGGGGGAUGGGACGGGGAAGAGGACAGCAGGCCAGGGGGAUGGGACGGGGAAGAGGACAGCAGGGCAGGGGGAUGGGACGGGGAAGAGGACAGCAGGGCAGGGGGAUGGGACGGGGAAGAGGACAGCAGGGCAGGGGGAUGGGACGGGGAAGAGGACAGCAGGCCAGGGGGAUGGGACGGGGAAGAGGACAGCAGGCCAGGGGGAUGGGACGGGGAAGAGGACAGCAGGGCAGGGGGGAUGGGACGGGGAAGAGGACAGCAGGCCAGGGGGAUGGGACGGGGAAGAGGACAGCAGGCCAGGGGGAUGGGACGAGGAAGAGGACAGCAGGGCAGGGGGAUGGGACGGGGAAGAGGACAGCAGGGCAGGGGGGAUGGGACGGGGAAGAGGACAGCAGGCCAGGGGGAUGGGACGGGGAAGAGGACAGCAGGCCAGGGGGAUGGGACGGGGAAGAGGACAGCAGACCAGGGGGAUGGGACGGGGAAGAGGACAGCAGGGCAGGGGGAUGGGACAGGGAAGAGGACAGCAGGGCAGGGGGAUGGGACGGGGAAGAGGACAGCAGGGCAGGGGGAUGGGACAGGGAAGAGGACAGCAGGCCAGGGGGAUGGGACGGGGAAGAGGACAGCAGACCAGGGGGAUGGGACGCGGAAGAGGACAGCAGACCAGGGGGAUGGGACGGGGAAGAGGACAGCAGGGCAGGGGGAUGGGACAGGGAAGAGGACAGCAGGCCAGGGGGAUGGGACGGGGAAGAGGACAGCAGGCCAGGGGGAUGGGACGGGGAAGAGGACAGCAGACCAGGGGGAUGGGACGGGGAAGAGGACAGCAGGCCAGGGGGAUGGGACGGGGAAGAGGACAGCAGGCCAGGGGGAUGGGACGGGGAAGAGGACAGCAGGCCAGGGGGAUGGGACGGGGAAGAGGACAGCAGGCCAGGGGGAUGGGACGGGGAAGAGUGGACUGAAAAGGGCUGCUAGAGGAGGGGAUUGUGAAGGUGCGACUAUACUUGCAUAG